AUUGAGGCUGAAAUAAAGAAAAAAUUCUGUAAAAAGAAACCUCACAUUAUCCAUUUCCUGUGUAAGGGGGUUUUGGGGGUUUUACUGAAUUCAUCACCACAUUUCAGAAGCUCAACUGGGAAGAAGAGGGUUGUCUGGUGUAAUUACUGUAUUGUAUUGUCUGAUUCUUCAAUGGCUCUACAUGCAAUGGAGCCAAUUCACCACUGCGCAUGGCCGCUGCAAGUUCUGUGUUUGCCUGCUCAUGAGAGAUGUUUGAUAAGGUUUCCUUCUUAUUCUGUGACUUCUCUGACACGGAAAAGCAUUCGUUGCUGCAUGGGAUCCUCCAAUACAAGGCAUGUAAAGAAAUUCAAUGGGCCACUGCGGAUGCAGGAUAUUAGCAACCGAGGCAGUCGAGUAAAUGUUUCCAAAGUGGAGGAACUGCUACGGAUGGGUGAGGGGGAUGGAGACGACGACGAAGAAGGAUCAGGGGGGAAGGAUGAAGAUAAGGAUUCAUUUGUAAUGGAUGAAGAUGAGAGAAAGGAGUGGCGGCAGAAGAUAAGAGAAGUCAUGAGUAGGAUUCCUGAUGAUGCCGAUGAGGAGACUGAUAUGCUAGAGAAAAGGAAAAGGAUGCAGAAGCUUCUAGCAGAAUACCCUCUUGUCGUUGAGGAGGAGGAUCCAGAUUGGCCCGAGGAUGCUGAUGGCUGGGGUUUCAGCUUGGGUCAAUUCUUCAACAAGAUCAGCAUAAAAAAUGUCAAAAAGGAAGACGAUGAGAAUUAUGACAGUGAAAAUGAAAUAGUGUGGAAGGAUGAUGAUUAUAUUCGUCCGAUCAAAGAUAUAACAACUGCAGAGUGGGAAGAGGCUAUCUAUAAGGACAUCAGCCCUUUAGUCGUUCUUGUUCACAACCGUUACAAAAGACCAAAGGAGAAUGAAAAGAUCCGGGAGGAAAUAGAUAAAGCUGUGCAGAUCAUAUGGAACUGCAGGCUGCCAUCACCAAGAUGUGUUGCAAUAGAUGCUAACACAGAGUUUGAUUUGGUCUCUGCGCUGAAAGUAUCUGUAUUCCCAGAGAUCAUUUUCACUAAAGCUGGGAAAAUUUUAUACCGUGAGAAAGCAAUCCGAACAGCUGAUGAGCUGUCUAAGAUAAUGGCUUUCUUUUACUUCGGAGCAGCCAAGCCCCCAUGUUUAAGCGGGAUUAAGAGCAUGGAAGAAGCGAUUCCCACCGUUGAAAUCAGAAGUCAACAUCUGUAGAACCUAGAAUGUGUCAUAUAGAAUAUUCUUGCACUUUUGGGUGUAGCCGGCUCCAUCUGGCCAGUCAAUAGAAAUCAUACUGCCUUGAAAUCUGCAAACUGGGGUUUGUGAAGAUUAUCGUAAUGACAAUUGGGAGCCCGAAUGAGCUGUGAUGCAGAUUUGUUUAUGUCUGCUAGUUCCUGUAUGUAAAAUAUCAUUAGUAGAACACUUUAACACCUGCAUAUGUCAUAGCUCAUAGAUUAUCUCGGGCAUGAGUUUAAUGCAGCAUAUGCCUAAAUUGUAAAUACAGGCUUGGUACUACUAAGGGUGCAUCACCCCAUUGUAACUAGGUCUAUAGGGGUAGCUUACUUGAACAUAUUGCUUAGUUAUUUCUUUGUUAGUAUUCACAAUCUUUGUUUCCCACCUAGAAUUAGCGAAUUGAAAUGUGCUAAUGUUUUACGAAACAUGAAAAGGUGAUGCUGUUAGAGUUGAUCUUCA